AUGACAACCACAGCCAUCGUCACGACCACAGUCAUAAUCACCAUCAGGAUUGCAGCUCGCACUUACAGAACACUGUGCUCGCUGCCAGGCCUGGCCUGGGAACUGGUCUGCGGGGUCUCAGCCAGGGAGCUUGUUGAGGCUAUGGUGGUGGUGGAGAGGCUAGAAGGGAAACUGAAGGGGGCGCCGCCAGGAGGAGGCUCCAGCUUUCAGAGCGCGCAGACGUUUGUGCCCAACAUUCGCCGGGGCGACUCAUGGGCCCCGCCUGGGUCUCGCUCUCGCUCGACUUUCCCGUCGAAGGCAGUCGAGCGCUGGCGCGGGCGCGGCGGGGCCGGGGAGGGCUUGGCCGGCCGCCGAGCGCGACCUGCCGGCGUGACCGGGCGCGACCGCGGGGCGAGCGGGCUGCCGGGGUCCGGGGCGUGCGGCAAGGCGCGGAGCGGGGGUGGCGGCUCCAGCGGGCUGGGCUCGCCGGGGGCGCGGCCGGAGCGCGCCAAACGGCCCCGGCCCGAGGCCGCCCCUCCGUCCCCUACCAGGCGCUCGCCGCUCCAGCUGCCCUCCGAGGCCUUCAAGCAACUUGGGUACCGCCCGGCCACCGUGGCCCCGGCCGAAGCUUCCCGAGCGCGGAGGCCCGGGCACCCCACCGGGCCCCGACUCCGGCUCGGCGGACCGCACUUACCUCCCGAGGCGCCGGGCGGGAGAGGGAGGCGAGCUCUCGGCGGCUUCAGCUGGAGUGCGCUGGGCGCGGAGAGCGCGCGCCUUUAA